AUGGCGGCCACCGCGGUAGACAAGGAGGGCCUCUUCAUCCCCCUCAUCGACUUCUCCGCCUUCCUCAACGGCGAUCCCGCCAAGCGUACCGCGACGGCCAAGCAGGUCCUCAGCGGGUUCCAGAACGCCGGUUUUAUCUACCUCGAGAACGUGCCCAUCACUCCGGAGCUCCGCGCCGCCACCUUUGCCAAGUCGGCCGACUUCUUCGCCCAGGACGACGCCGCGAAGCUCGCCCUCGGCUGGACGACGCCCGAGGCGAACCGCGGCUACUCAGCGCCCGGCCGCGAAAAGGUCAGUAACCUGACGACCACGGCUGAGAUCGAAAAGGUGCGCGCGGGGAACCCCGACCUGAAGGAGAGCUACGAGAUCGGCCGCGAGGGCGAGCCCGACCACCCCAACCAGUGGCCCGUCGAGGAGCCGGGUACUCGCGUCGCCGGCUUCAGAUCGCAGAUGCUCGAGUUUCACGACCAGUGCAAGGCGCUGCAUGUCGAGGUCAUGCGCGCCAUCGCCGUCGGCAUGGGCAUCGACGAGCACUUCUUUGACAGCUUCACCGACGCCGGCGACAACACGCUGCGCCUGCUGCACUACCCCUCCGUCGACCCUAACGUCUUCAAGAUCAACCCCGGCCAGGUCCGCGCCGGCGAGCACAGCGACUACGGCUCCAUCACGCUAUUGUUCCAGGACGACCGCGGCGGCCUCCAGGUCAAGAGCCCCAACGGGCAGUUCGUGGACGCGACGCCCAUCCCGGGGACGGUGGUUGUCAACGCGGGCGACCUCCUGGCGCGGUGGAGCAACGACACCAUCAAGAGCACCAUCCACCGCGUGGUCGAGCCCCCGAGGAAACCAGAGGACGGCACCGAGUACCCGCCGCGGUACAGCAUUGCGUACUUCUGCAACCCCAACUUCAAGAGCCAUAUUGAGGCAAUUCCCGGCACAUACGCAACGGAAUCAGAGAAGAAGUACGAAGGUAUUAACAGUGGGACGUAUCUCGUGCAGCGGCUGACGGCCACAUACUGA